AUGGCGAGUGGUGCUGCGGCGGCCUGUGCCGGGCUGCAGGUUCUCACUCCGCCGCAUCCCCCGGGUUAUCGCUGCGUCCUGAGGUCCCCGCAGUCAGAUGGGGAGAGGUUGGGAGGCUGGAAUGCCUCCUCUGACAGCCCGGAACUGCGAGCUGCAAGGAUUAUCGUGCCUGUCAUCUCCCUCAUCUUCCUCCUGGGCACUGUGGGGAACGGGCUGGUGCUGGCCAUGCUGCUGCAGAAUAGCCAAGUCAAGUACAACACCACCAACCUCUUCAUCUUUAACCUAGCCAUGGCUGGCCUGUGCUUCAUUGUCUGCUGUGUUCCCUUCCAGGCCACCAUUUACACUCUGGAUGGGUGGCUCUCUGGGGCCUUUGCCUGCAAGGCUGUGCAUUUCCUGAUCUACCUCACCAUGUAUGCCAGCAGCUUUACCCCAGCCGCCGUCUCCGUUGACAGGUACCUGGACAUUUGCUAUCCGCUGAAGUCAGAUCGCGUCACCUCCCAAAAGGCAGGAGUGGCCAUUGUAGCAAUCUGGUUGCUGUUGCUGCUCUUCGUGGGGCCUUACCUCAGCUACUACCAGAUUGUCCAUUACCACAGGGUGCCCAUCUGCAUCCCCACCUGUAAGGAACAGCGCCAAAAGAUCCUGGACAUCCUCACAUUUGUCUUUGGAUACCUCCUGCCCGUGACCAUGGUGAGCCUGGCAUAUGCAAGGACCAUCAAGUUCCUGUGGAUCUCCGUAGACCCCAUAGAAAGGAUCUUGGAGUCCCGGAAGGCCAAGUGUAAGGUCACCAAGAUGAUUGUGGCUGUGGCCAUCCUGUUCUGCCUCUGCUGGCUGCCCCACCACCUGGUCAUCCUGUGCUUCUGGUUUGGCCACUUCCCCUUCAACUGAGCCACUUAUGUUUGCCACCUGGCUUCCCACUGCCUUUCAUACGCCAACUCCUGCCUCAACUUCAUCAUUUACGCCCUCAUCUCCAAGCAUUUCCUCAAGCGUUUCAAGCAGGUCUUCACCUGCCUCUUCUUCCAGAGCAAGACCAGGAAGAAGAAUAAGAGAGUUGGAAAGAAAGUCGAUGUGGUCAAUGUGGGCAAACAUUUCACCAACAGCACCAGAGGUUUCUAUGGAGGCAACACUGAGGUGACUCAGGUCCCAGAGGAGAACACCAUGAAGAGGGACCCUGAAGGUGCCAGUCAUGAUGACAGAGCGUGGACUCACCAGCUACAAGAUGCCAUGGUCUCUGUGCAGAAGGAGCUGCUGGAGGAGGAAAGUUUGGCAACAGCUGGCCAUUCCCGAGCCAUGACCCCUCCAAGAGGAACUGAGGAGUUUCUGACUGUUCAUUACAGAUGA